AUGUCUAGAUUUCUUGCCCCAUUUCGUUCCCAACGCUAUCACUUGCAAGAGUUUCAUGACUGUCAUUAUUCUGGACCCAAGGAAUUGUUUAACCGUCGACAUUCGUCGUUAUGCAAUGUCAUAGAAAGAACAUUUGGUGUUCUGAAGAAGCGCUUGCCAAUAUUACAGUCCAUGCCAAAUUACAAGUCCACAAGACAAGGACCCCUCGUCAUUGCAUGUUGUGUAGUGCACAAUUGGAUCCGUUUGCAUGCAACUCUAGCCUCAUUCUUCAUGGAAGCUGAUAAUGAAAUGGCGGCUGCAGCAACACUAGAUGGGUUUGUUGGAGGCGAAGCUGACUAUGUUGACAUGUCACAACAUGGGUUGACGUACCAAUCGAACAUCCGGGAUGAAAUUGCUACUGCUAUGUGGCAAAAUCAUGUUGGCCAUGGGUAA